CUCUGGCAGCCCUCACCAGAGGGCAGGGUAUAAUUUUGCUUGGAACUUUGCAUGGCUGCAGUGGUGGGACCCUGUGUGUCUGAUGUGCUGUCUUGAUGACCUGCUGCUUGUAUAUGUCAUGCUCUUUGAUAUUUUGGGAAACAUUGCAUUUGAUUAGCAAUACUUUCCAAUCCUUUGGGAGCCCCAGAGAGGUGAAAACUGGUUGCAAACUGGUGAGUAGCAGAUAAGGGAGGACAGGAAGUAAAUAACAUUCAAAUGGUCCAAAGGGAGAGGAAAAACACUGAAUAUCCAAUUUCCUGUGCUCUAAAAAUGCAUCCCCAAGCUUGGUGCAAGUAUAGACCUGAGAAUGGAUGUGACACCUUCCAGAACUUAAUCUUUCACAGGUUUUGUCCUCUGUGCUGUCUGAGUAACUGUUUCAUUGUUUUCUCUGGAUGAAUAUACACAUUCAAGCUCUAGGGAUGGAAAGCGCAAAACAUCAUUGCCCCCUCUCCAUUCUGCCAAAGGAAAUAGCUUUACUGUAAAUAUUAUUUUCACACUAAGGUGUUUUGCCUCCUCAGAUCAUCUUUGAACUCUAUGCUCUCCUCAUAAAGCAAAAUAAUCACAAGCAUCUCUGUGAAACAGUGUUAUAGAGACUCUUUCUGAUGCAAGGUGUCACUUUGUUUUUCUACAGCGUCUCUUGGCUUGCUGCCUGCUGGCCACUGAAUUACUGUCCAUGUAAUCCAGACCUACAUAGUUGUCCUUUUUAAUGUUUCCUUGCUUACUUCCAGGAGAUUGAAUUCAGAGGAUAACAGCUGCUUCCCAAGGAUUGUCCCUGAAUUGGUACUUUUAGGAGAUCCUGUAUUCUGUGCUAGCUCAGUCCCAGUUUUAAUGUAUCUUCUGCUUCAGAUGAGAGUGAGAAGUGUUUGCAAACAACAGCAAAUGCACUGAGCUGUCUGUUUCUUGGACCCUCUUAAUUCUUUGGUCUCCUUAUCGCAUGCUUGGUGAAAAAUAUUCAGGCAGUAUGGCUUUAAAUGAAAGAGAUGAUUCCUUGCUGCUAGCUAUUAUGUAGGAGAAAUGAUUUGUUGGUGAUGCUGAAAGGAGAUGAAGAUUGUAUGUGUAUUGUUCUCUCUGUUUUAUAGCUCAGCCUAAAAAAUUCCUGUUUUGAGGAGAUGUUCACUUCUCUGUUCAGAUCCCAGCACACUGAAGCACCCACUUCAGUGCUGUUGAGAGCUCUGGUUCUCCAUUAAGGGGAGAAGAAGGGGGGUGAUUCUUGGGAAAGCUUCCAGCACUGGGCCAACUGUGGAAACAGCCGGGCUUUGUGCCAGCCAUUUGGAGGGAGGGGGAGCUUAGAGCCAUACAGGGAGUGUAUCAGGCAGGGGCUGGUGCAGCCUGUCGCCUUCCGCAGAGUCCUGGUGCUGCUUCUGUUUCAGGAGAGAAAAACUGUUCUGUCCAGAGCUGUGGUCAAGCAGAGACUCCUUGAGAGGGUUGGUACAGCUCUUGAUGGCGUUUGAUAGCAAUUGGCAUGAAAGAAUCUGACAUGUUGUGCCUCCAGCAAGGAGGAGGAGUUGCUGCUUGUAUUAAGGGGGAGGGGAAACAAUCUCUGGAUAAGUAAAGAUAAGGGAAUAUUAUGGGGAAAUCAGUGAGAAGAGGAAGUGCCUCUGCGGGGAGGUAGAUUUGUGAUCUCUGUGUCUCACCUAGCAAUCUCUGCAGUCUGUGUUCUAGACACUGCAAAAUAAACUGUGAUAUUUGGGGACCAUGGCUACAGACCCACUCUCGGAGCUUCAGGAUGACCUGAACUUGGAUGAUACCAGCCAGUCCCUCAGUCAGCUCAAACUGGCCUCCAUAGAUGAUAAGAACUGGCCAGCAGAUGAGGUCCCUGCUUUUCCCAAAUCAGAUGACUCCAAAGGCUCCCCUGAGCCUGUCACUCACCUGCAGUGGGAUGAUCCCUACUAUGAUAUCGCCAGGCACCACAUUGUGGAAGUAGCAGGUGAUGACAAAUAUGGAAGAAAAGUCAUUUUGUUCAGUGCCUGCCGGAUGCCCCCAAGUCAUCAGUUAGAUCACGUGAAACUGCUGGGGUACCUGAAAUUCACACUGGACCAGUAUGUGGAGAGUGAUUACACUCUGGUGUACCUGCACCAUGGCCUGACCAGUGAGAACAAGCCAUCCCUGAGCUGGUUGCGGGAUGCCUACAGGGAAUUUGAUCGCAAGUACAAGAAGAACAUCAAAGCCUUGUAUAUUGUGCACCCAACCAUGUUCAUCAAGACCUUGCUGAUACUCUUCAAGCCUCUGAUUAGCUUUAAAUUUGGACGGAAGAUUUUUUAUGUGAAUUACCUUAGUGAGCUGGAGGAGUAUGUGAAGCUGGAACAGUUGGGGAUCCCAAGCCAAGUGCUGAAGUAUGAUGAAUACCUGAGAUCCCUGCAGAAACCUUUACCCCAGAAGCCAAUACCUCCACGCCCACCGCUGCCAAACCAGCAGUUUGGAGUCUCCCUACAGCAUCUCAGGGAGAAGAGCCCCGAUCAGUCUGCUGUUCCUCUGGUGGUCAGAGACACCAUUGCUCACUUGCUUGAGCAUGCUCUUAAUACAGAGGGGAUUUUCCGGAGAUCAGCAAAUACACAGGUUGUCAGAGAGGUCCAGCAAAAAUACAAUAUGGGCAUGCCCGUAGAUUUCCAGGAGUAUGAAGAUGUCCACCUCCCUGCUGUGAUUCUCAAGACCUUCUUGAGGGAGCUACCUGAGCCCCUCCUCACUUUUGGCCUCUACAGCCAUGUUGUCAGUUUCCAGAGUGUGGAGGAGGUGAAACGUGUGGAUAUUGUUCGCAAAACGCUCCAGGAUUUGCCAGAGGAAAACUACCAAGUGCUCCGUUUACUGACAGCCUUUCUGGUGCAGGUCUCUGCUCACAGCGACAGAAACAAGAUGACAAACACCAACCUGGCAGUUGUGUUUGGCCCAAAUCUGCUCUGGGCCAAAGAUGUAGCCAUCACUCUAAAAGCCAUCAAUCCCAUCAAUACCUUUACCAAAUUCCUGCUGGACCACCAGAAGGAGCUGUUUGAGGCUGCGGAGGCCUGAAUCCAGGCCAGCCCACACCUGCACACUGUGCCCACCUUCCCCCUUCUUUGUCUUGGAGCUGUGACCAAGCUGUCUCCAGUACAAAGGGACCAUUGAUCUUCUGGGUGAUGAGCAGAGUGAGGGCUGUGGAGAUGAUGGUGAAAGUGUGCAAGUAAGUGAGCAGGAGACCUGCAGCUCUGGAUGGACAGGGGAGCUGGUCUCCCAGCUGCUGAGACUGGAGCCCUAACCCACCUGUGCAGCUCCUCCAGGGCUCAUCACCAGUCUUCUGCCCUAUCAGAUGACCUGCCUUCCUUUCCUCCCUCCCUUACGUGCCGUUUUUCUGCCCUCCUGGUCCCUUCCUCAGCACAGAUCUUUUUGUUCAAGCUCCCAGUAGCCCCAGCUCACCCCUCCUUGCCUCCGCUGGGCUGUCUGGGCUAGGGUGGACUUGCUGGUUUUUGUGGUGGAGACAUUCUUACUGUGAGUGCCGUUUCUCAGCACUGAACAUGCAUCCUGCCUUUCUCCAGGGGCACCUAAAGCAGGGAAAGGAGCAGCAGCCCUUGUGCUUCAGGUGGCAGCAUGGCCUGCAUUUGCAAACACAACUCUAGACCCCCUGCUUCUGGCAGGCAGGUGAAGGAGAGGCUCACAGCAGUGGGCUAUUACCUGUCAGACUCUAAAACAAUGAAGGUGAGUUUAGCCCAAAGCCCAGCCCCUUGGGGUCACCUACUCCAGGUACUAUUCAGUGUUGGCUGGACUGUAGUGGGUGACUUGCCUCCUGUAGUUAUCUAGCUCAGGUGUGUUUGUCCCUCCAGCAGCACUUCCAGCCUGGCUGGGAAGGUUCAUGCCAGGCCUGGCUGUGCAUGCAGGCCAGCUGUGACCCUUUGACAGCUGGUGAGUCUGAAUGGCAGGAGUGAGUGCCUUGGUGGCACUGAGCUGCUGAACACCAUGAGGAUCACAAUCUGGCCUGGCAGCAGCACAGGGCCUCCUCUUCUGGCAUAUGUAUCUGUGCGGACUGGCACAGACCGCCUUGACUAGUUAGUUGUCUUUUUGAGCACAACUUUCCUCAGCACAGUGUAACAGAGCAUGGCCUUGAGGGAAGGUCUGGGGACUGGGGCUAACCCUCACCAUGGAGUGCACAGGGCCUGGAUUACAAAUUUCUGCCCAGGUGCUGAGUACUCAUGUGCCAAAGCUGUGAGGUAACAGCUAUUCCAUGCCAAGGGCCUUUGCCGUGUCUCCUCUGGGGUUCACACCUUCCACCCUGCCACCUGGUCAGAUGCAUCCUGUAUGCCCUGGGCACAGCUGGAGAGAUUGUGUUCUCUGCAAGGCAGGCUCAGAGUGGGGUGGUCCUGGCACCUCCCUGGAGCAACUGCAAUACUGUUACAGCAUCUUUUUUGGGUUUGGGUUGCCUCAUUUCCAUUACCUGAACUGAAAGAGAUCCUUCUCCUCAGCCUGGGCCUGUCAGGGUUUUAGGAGGGAGCUUCUAGCCUUACUUGACUGGUGUGAUUUAUCUUUGUAUCUUGUGCCCUGUGUGCCUGGGCCAGACCUCCCUGUUGCAUCUGGCCUCAGGGACAAAUCUUUUGGACCAAGCAGAACUGUUUUUUUAAAAGCUACUGGAUGCUAAAUAGAAUUUGCUUUUUCAUAAUAUUUUAACCUGCCUUUAAGCACUGACCAAGGGUUGGUGUCCUGGUGUGAUCAAAGUAAGUGGCAUCUGCUGCAGGAAUUAAGGAGACUGCUUUUUGCUAAACUCUGGAAUGGGGAUGGAUGCAAACAUAGGCAGCUCUGCAGGGCAGCUAGGUCCAGCCAGCUGGCUUGGAGGAGGCACACCCACACGUGGGUGGGAACAGUGAACAAGAAAGUGAGCAUUACUAAGGCUGGAGCAAGAGAUGUUGUAAGAUAGGACUGGAUCUGAUCCUUUCUAGAUACUGGCAGACUUUGCCCUAUGGAGGCUACCAGGCUGCUGACUUCUUCAUCUUCUUGUUCCAAGAGUAAGAGCCUUCCUUGUUUGGCCAGGAUAUGAAUUGUUUUAUCCUGAACAAUUCACAGCAGUAACUAAAUACAUGUUUUUUGAGGGAGAAAUAAUCUGCUCCUAAUUCAUCUGUAAUCUCUUCUAGAAUGAGUUAGCAGGGCAGAUGGGCUGUGGAGGAGUAAUCUGGGGUGGACUAGUGUGGAGAGAGGUGUCCUUGCCCCAGUGUGUAAGGGGCAAGGCUAUGGAGGCUGAGGGAGUGCAGUGCAGCCCCUCAUUCCCUGCAGGUGCCCUGCUCUGUGGAGGCUUUGGUAGGGGGAGAAGGAGACUUGGUGCUCUGACUGUAUCUGCAGCUGACACUGGCUUCUCCUUCAUCUCCCUAGAGGAAAGGCAAGCCCAGCUAACCUCUGGGACAAACGCCCAAGCUCGGCAACCUGGAAUCCAAGUGCCUGCCUGCAUGAGGCCUGGCCCUACACACUCUCUGGGGAAGGUGGCAUGUUCUGGCCUUGCAGAGCAGCAAGGACUGUUCCCUGCCCAGUAGCCAGAGGAGCAGAGCUGGAAUAGCUCCUCUCCAGGGGGAAAGUGGGGAAAACUGCAAGUGUCUGAGUUCUGGCUGGAGUUUGAUGGUUUAUUUUAGGGUUUUUUUUUGGGAUUUAGGUUUUGGUUUGGUUUUUUUUUUUUUAGUGAAUUCUUGAAAUUAUGUUUCCUUUUUUAGCAAAAUAGAGGCUGGUUCAUCCCCUGCAGGCAGGGAUAAAAGCCUGCUCUGGUUCAGUGCCUGCAGGGAGGAGAUUCAGAGUGUUCAGGGAACUACUACUGCUCAUGGUGGGAAAGUGCUUGCAAAUCCUGGAAGGGACCCACUGUAAAUAUCCCCUUUCCUCUAAUGCUCCUUGUGCUGGAGCUGCUGAGGGCCCUGGAGCAGGCACAGUAACCAGGGUUGCUUUUGCAGUCUGUUCUCCUGAAUGCCAUGUAUUGAAAUACUCCUCCUAUGAUCUGAGCAAGGAACUGGCCCGGGGCUGCCUGCAGCCUGUGUCAGGUGGGUGGUCACCAGAGGCUGCACUUGCCAAGGCCAGGGGGGUUAAAUUCUCUCACAUGGGCAGGGUCCUGGCUGGGCUGGGUUCUGCUGCCUUGUAGAGGUUGGGGAUGGUAUACAGUUAAGGUGCUGGUCUUUUGUUGGUUUUCUCCUUGCUGUAGAGCUGCCCAAGGGUCUCUUCCCUGGCUUACCUUUCAGGUUAGCUAUUAGCCAUUUCUUCCUGGGGGGGUACCUGUUCUGCACCAACCUCCUGCUUUUAGCACCUAGAACAUUCCCCUCUGCUAGCCAAGCCUCCUGCUGUCUUAAUGGCCUCUGUUCACUCCCUGACCCAAGCUGUGAACUGACACGAGAACUUUUGGGUGGUGCAGGGGUUCUGGGGCCAUCCAGAUGCCUUGUGUGCUAACCCGAGAGAGCCGAGGGCCAGUUUGGUCCCAGUUUCCUUUUAUAUGCACAGGGGCUCCUGUGCAAAAAUUUCAGCUUUGCUUUUAUUGCUGGCAUUCCCUGCCUUCUUCUUUGUUGAUGUUCAUGAGGUGCAGGCCUGGGUUUUCACGGUUCACACUGUUUAUUUUCUUUUAAUCUGCACCGAUCUUGUAUUUCACAGUUUGCACUUUUUGUAUUUCAAUAAAAAUGAAAAUGUAAUCUCAGAU